CAUAUGUACAAGCCUAUGGGCUUGUACACAAAACUGCGAUGCGACGUCGCAUCGCAAAAAUCUGCGAGCUCCCUCUACGCAUCGCAAGAACUUGCGAAUUGAUUCGCAUCGCGCAUUCCUGCGAUGUUGCGUCACACUUGUUGACGCCAUUUUUAGUUCGCUCUGGGACAGCGUGUGGGCAAGACGUGUACUUUAAAAAUGACAGAAUACGACGUUGAUUUUUUAAUAUCACUGAUCGAGGAGCGCCCUGUUCUUUGGGAUACUAGUAAUGAAGAUUAUAAAAACAAAUUCAUUAAACAAGAUGCUUGGAAGGACGUGUGUAAAAGUUUAUUUCCAAAUUUCGAGGAAAAAGAAAACAAUGAAAAAACUAAACUUGGAAAUUCAGUAAUACAAAGAUGGAGGGGGAUUAAGGAUACCUUUAAUAAAUAUGAAAAGAAACUCAAAGAUGCAAGUAGGUCAGGGUCUGCAUCCAAAAAUAUAAAAGAAUACCAUCUGUACAAACAAUUACAAUUUCUUAAGAAAAAUUUGCAAAAUGAGACCACUACUAGUAUAAAUGAUUCAGAAAAUGAGCAGGAUAAUCAAGAAGGUACAUCUAAAACACGUUACCAAAGGCAGCCACCAAAACGAAAGAUGGUUAAUAAUUUUGAAGAUGAUAUUGUAAAGAUUUUAAAGGAACCUGAGAAUAGACACAUAUCUUUUUUUAAAGGUAUUCUACCAUCACUUGAAAGAUUAGAUGACAAUAAAACUCUAAUCUUUCAGAGCAGAGUUCUUCAAAUUUUAACAGAAUUGCAUCAACCUCAUGGCUACUACUAUCCGAAUAGCAACUACCAGGGUGGCUAUCAAACUCAACAUUUUGCGACAUCUCAACAAACGCCACUGAUACGUCCACAGUCAUCUAACAUACCAGAUCAAAUUGAUUCACCCAGUAAUGAUUUUUCUAACUCAAGCAUAUUAAGCACACUUUCAACUGAAGAAGACUUUGAUUUUUCGUAAAUUUUAUGAAUUGUAAUAUUUUAAAAACUCUUUUCUCAAUAAAAACUAAUGUAAACAA